AGUGAGAAGAGGCGCACCCGAAUCGUUCUCUCACUUCACAUCAGGGACGAAUAUACCGAAAUACAUUCUCCGCCGUUGAUAUUCAGAUUUCAGAAGUUCAUUCCUCCAAUUGGCACAACACUCCACCCUCUUAAUCGCCGACCAUGUCUUCCUUACCACGACCAACCAAUCUACUCGGUGACGAACAUACCUCUCCAUCAAAUGAAAGCCAGGCCUCGAUUCCGGACCAAGUAUGGACAACCACAGAGUCCUCAUCAACAAGCCACACUUCCGUCUCCCAGGCCAGCACCCCAGACUACGGAUACGAGGCAGACAACGAAGACAGUGGCGACGAAGAGAAUCUUGAGGAUAACGAGAGCCUGUAUUUUCCCGAGCAAGAUGACGAUACAACCUCAGUCAACACUGUCUCCACCGACUCAGCCCCCGUGGAGGAGUAUCUUGAAACCACACCCCACCAGCAGCCAGGGGACAACCCCCAAGGCUCUGCUGAUCAACGCAUACCGGAUCUUGUCUCAUCCCCAUCAUUCACGCCAGGCUCAGAAGUCGACGUCGAGGAGCUUCUCCUAAAUGCGUGUGAGCCCAGAGGGUUCUAUUGGAACACCAGCGAUGCCGGCAUUCGAUGA